AUGGAGGAGUUUGCCAAGGUCAACUGCCAGGCCCUUGCCAAGGCAUCGGACGAACAGUUGCAGAGCUGCGCCGCGACUUUACAGAAGAAGGCGGGCGAUCACGUUUACCUUGACACAGUGGGCGUCGCUGCCGCAUUCGCCACCAUGACAAGGAUGGUGGACGGCACGGGUCACUCGGCAAACUUGAUGGCAACCACAAUGGCCAAGCACGUGACCAACUCGGUCGUUCAGGUCAAGCGAUCUCUGCGUCGGCGGUGGUUGCUCGUCCUUCUCGGGGGCGUCUUGGCCGGUUCGGCAUCGUCCGCUGCUGAUCCCAGGCCUCUGCCAAGUUGCGCUGACGAUGACUGUGCACAUGACAUCGUUUCCGGUGCUGGCUCUUGGUGCUGCUCUGGGCUUUUUGAUGCAUGCUGGCAGAACGGAGGGUCCUGCCUCGCCCAGUGCUUUGGGCACUGCUGCCUGGGCCCUUCUUUUCCAGGCUUGCCUGCCUACGACUUCUGUGCAGCCGAGAGGAGCAGGAGACUGCAUGCAGGAACGAAUGGAAGGCAUUCUGAGACCCUCCUUGGCAGUGCUUUGCUCGGCUCUGGCUCUCCAGGGCCUGCACCGGGCCCAGGGCCCAGGUCUUGGCAGGGGAGUGGCAGGAGCCUGCGCCACGGUGAUGGCGGGGCUCAGGAUCGCAGGUGCAACAGCGACUUGCCUUUGGAUCUUGCUGAAGCAGCUGCAGGUGGGAGCAGCAGCCAGCCACCUCCAUGCCCUGGCCGGUGCUCUUCGCAGUGGAGCCUCGAUGCUUCUGCUUGGGCUUGUGCAGGCCCUGCGCUUGGCAGCGCCGUCACCUGGAUAGGUGACGAGCCCCUGCGCAAGGUUCACCUUCUGUCAGGUUCAGUUUACGAAGUCAGGGGCUGUCCCGAUCUGCGCGAUUUCAAGCAGGCCUUGUCGAAGGAGCUGGGGCAUCCUGGCUACCUGCUUACCCUGCUGUCUGACGGUGUGGCCAUAACAUGCAACGACGAGUGGCAGAGGCUUGACAGCUCCAAGCACCUUGUCGCUGUGCAGUCAUGUCCAUUCACCGACUUUGUCACCGACUUUGACCAGGACUUGAUUGAGGCCAGCACGGCUGGCGACAUCAGCCGAGCGGAGGAGCUGUUGGCAAAGGGGCAGCGGCCGGAUGCAGAUGUGGUGAGAGGGAGGCACCAUGCUGGUACGAAGCCUCUGCAUCUCGCCGCAGAAGCUGGGAAUGCUGACUUGGCCAGACUUUUAAUUCAAGCACGUGCUGCAAUCAAUGGUGGCAGAUGCGAUAAAACCCCGCUGCAGCUGGCAUGCCAAAACGGCCAGCCAACAGUGUUGGCGGUUUUGGUCGAGGCUGGUGCGGACAUAAACGCAGCGAACAGGUGUGGUAAAACUCCACUUCAGCUUGCAUGUGCAGGUGGACAUUAUCAGUGCGUCUACAACUUAUUGUUCGCAGCUGCAGAUGUUAAUCACACUGCUAACAGUGGCAGAACACCGUUGCAGCUCGCUUGCGAAUUUGGCCAUAUCGAUGUCAUCAAGCUUCUGAUCCGAGCUGGUGCGGACAUUCGCAAGAAGGGGAUCCACGGGGGGACUCCGCUGCAGAUUACCUGCGAGAAAGGCUAUUUGGAAGCAGUGCGCCUUCUCAUACGUGCCGGUGCAGACAUUAAUGCCGCGAGCCGAUAUAGUCGAACGGCCCUGCAGCUGGCAUGUGAACAGGGCCACAUUGAGGUAGUUACGCACCUCAUAGAGCAGCGGGCGGAUGUUACCAGCCAGCGCAACUACGGAAGGUUGCUGGUGCCUACGGCCGCACACCCUGGACACUGGCAUGCGAAGGUUGCCGCAGCAGAUGCUUCCGAGGAGUUUGGUGCUGGCUUCGUCAGUGGUUGGCUCUCUGCAACCGUCGGAUCCGCUGCUGCACUGCUGGGGCUUGGGCAAGACCGGCGGCUGGGCCUGGCCUUGUUGGCCUGGUUCCUGCACCUUCAGCGCUCGGCGGCAAAUCUCUCGAGGAUUGCCGAGAGGAGCCGGCCCGGAGAAGGCGAAGGGGGUGCGGCCCCGAAGGAGGCUUCCGUGAGGUUGCUGUUCCUGAUCGACAACUUCAGGUCUCUAGUAGCCAUGGCAGUGUGGAGCUUUCUCGGCCGCCCACUGGAGAGGCUGGUAACAUGGAUGCUGCCAGGGCGUCUCCGUGUCUUCGCCUUCGAGGCUCCCAUCGACGAUUUGGGUGGUCUCCUGCAGGCUGGCGUGUGUCUGAUGUUGGAGGGUUCCAGCCUUGCUGAGUCUCCGUCUCCCGGCCACGUCGUCUGUAAUGUCGGUCACCUGCCCACUGCCGACGACGAGGACUUGAGGGCGACAGUGCGUUCGUCCUUGAAGAUCAUGGAAGAGCUUUCGGGUGUGAAGGCCGCCUUGCGUACCAAAGAGGUGCAGGUGGCAGCACAUCCACCUGCAGAUGGAUUUGUGGCCAACCUGCUGUGCGUCCUGCCGAAACCUGGCAGGCGAGGGAUCGUGCAUCCGGGUUGGCAAUCCGUCCGUGAAGUGAACCUUUCAGUCUGGUCGACAGAAGAAGCCGCCGUGUCCUGGUAUCGCAAGUCAGAUGCCCAUGCUGCUAUCCUUUCGCAGCACAAAGAGGGCAAGCUUAGGACUUUCGGCAACCUGUUGUUGACGCUGAACGCGACAAAGGUCGCUUGGCAGCGGCGCUGCAAAGCCUGUGCCGCGGUGGUCGAGGGAUUCGCGCAGGGAAGGUGCCACCGCUGCGGUGCCGCGACGUACGACCUGCCAGCCUUUUGA